AUUUGAAAGAUCCAGAAUAAUUUUUUUUUUUGAACCUUCAAAGAAUUAAAAAAUUGCAAUCCUUACUUUUCUUCUCAAUUCUAGCAAGCACCUCAAAAAGCCUAGAAGAUUAGAAAACUCCAACGCAUAGCGUUUGCAAUGCUUCAAUUGGGUAGUCGAAACGCACGCCGUAUUGGAGCUUCAUACAUAUGCGCAUCAUGUUUUGCCGCUUCUCAUGCGACAAGAUCGCGGGCGCUUCGUCCCACACUGCUUUCUAGCCAUCAUGGCCUUCCUCUCUCCACCACAUCCCGUCGACUUGCGCCCACCACCGAAACCCCACCCCCUGCGCCAGACACUGCCCCCAUCCCCGAACCUCCAUCCUCCGUACCGGUCAAAGCCGAUACAGGUGAUAGCAAUGAGUCUCCUCCAGAGGAAACCCCCAAGAAGAAGAAGGGCAAGAAGAAGAGUGCGAGGAAGGCUUCUGAAAAGCAGGAUGCCCCUCUAACCAAGAAGGUCACUCCCAAACUCGUCGAAGAUGACCGUCAGUUGCAAGUUCUGCAAGGCGCGCUCCAGGCCUUGAAGAAUGUUCUGAAAGCACAGAAUAUCAGCGUGGACCAGAUCAGCAAGCUUGCCAGCCAGACUGAGCCCGAACUUCCCGUAAUCAAGCAAGAGCCCAAGGCGAAGGGCAAGACUAGGGCUCGUCGGAGAGAAGAGGCGAUCCGCAAGGCAGAGGCCAAAGCGUCUCAAAAUCCUGUCGAAGAUGAGGCCUCGGAGAAAGGUGCAAGCCUAGAAAGCCCAGCGUCAUCAGCAUCUCCAGCAUCACCAGAAUCGCUAGGCGUUGAUGGUGUAGCGAAAGUGGACGCUAUGUCAGAAGCAGAACCUACGCCAACCCCAGGAGACCAGGCUGAACAGAUUGAAAAAGAAAAGGCUGACAAGAAAAGAAUGGCGGAAAAACGGCUAAGGGAAAAGGCAGAAAAAUUAGGUGUCUGGGUUCCUACAGGCAAGAGGAAGAAUAAAAGUACAGAUGAACCCUCUAGUCGUCAAUCAAUCCCUCGAGAUUCGGCAUGGCCCACGAGUCGGUAUGCUAGCAAAAGCUCCAUAGCGAUGACUAAAUCCAGUAUGAAAACCAUUGGCCAGCCAUUCAGUGGUGAAUCAGCACCACCUGAAGUAGUGCGACCAUCGCCAGUAUGGUCACCACAGAAAUCAUCGCCGAGACCACUACUGAGGGCAGUGAAAGCAUCAUCAAGGGUACCAACAUCGAAAACACCAUCGAAAACAUCAUCGAAAACAUCAUCAAAGACAUCAAAGACGCCGAAAAAGGAAUCCACCAAGACCCAGAAUAAACCCCCCCUGGCUAUUAAUAAGCUCCACGCCAAAGACCUUCACAUAUUCCCCAUCAAGACUGUCCAUCCUGAGGUUCCGUCCUUGUCGUACGGACUUGAAAGGGUUCUGUUCAACCCUGGUGUUUAUGCGCUCCAGGAUCCUCGGUCACGGGUUUACAAUUUUGACCCAUAUCUCUCCGAGAUCAUGCCCAUUCAGGAGUUUGAUUUCAACGCCUUAAAGCAAUAUGUAACAUCUUCCAAAGAUAACAACUUAAUUCGCAUUGCAAAGGAACAUGGGAAACGAUAUACAGGCUCAACCUCCAGUAUGACGUCCAUGUUGUCUCACUUCCAUUAUCUCCUAUCAUCAUGGAGGGCCAUCAACACAGAAAUGUUGUCACGGACUAUUGUCCCUGAUUCUGUCCAGUUCACCAGAAUCAUGAGAGGCCCAGCUGCAAUUUUUCUGCACUGGAAGGACGGCACCUAUGCCAUCGAUGCCGACAAGGAAUAUGACACAGCAAACAUUUUGAGUAUGCUUGGAAAGUCCAUGGAGAAACUUCUUACCCUCACCAAGGAGGAGUAUGAAAGAUACCGACAUGUCAAUUCAGACCAAAUCACCGAGGAAGAACGAAAUGCCGAGGAGGCCUUUCACUACACCGGCUUUCGCGACUUUAUGAUGCGCUCCCAAUUAGAUGCAUACGACAGGAGGAUACCUGGUUCAGGCAUGUUCGACUUGAAGACGCGCGCAGUUAUAUCUAUCCGUAUGGAUGCAAAGGGGUUCCAAAAGGGUCUUGGCUACGAGAUCCGCCAGCGAUUUGGCGAGUGGGAGUCUUUUGAACGAGAGUACUAUGACAUGAUCCGCUCUGCUUUCUUGAAGUACUCCUUACAAGUUCGCAUGGGCCGCAUGGACGGUAUAUUUGUCGCAUUUCACAACACCCAGCGCAUUUUCGGCUUUCAGUAUAUUCCUCUAAGUGAGAUGGAUCUUGCCUUGCACGGAACAUCCAAUACGCUCCUUGGUAACAGAGAGUACAAGCUCAGUCUUGGGUUGCUCAAUGACAUCCUGAACCGAGCCACCAAAAGGUUCCCAGAGCAAUCCCUGCGCUUGCAUUUCGAGACCAGAACAUCGGUUUCUGCGCCAUUCAUGUACAUAUUUGCCAAACCUGUGUCACAAAGCGAUAUUGACGAGGUUCAAAAUGCUGGCAAAGCCUCUAUUGAAGCAUUUGAAAGGGACAUGCUUGGCAUGGUGAAAGACGAAGCCGAAGCCGAUUCCGAACCGGCCUCGGAGUCAGCCGCUGAAAAUGAUGAUGCGGUCGAAGAGGAAGAUGAACAUGAAGAGACUUCCCUAGCUCAAGAAUUGUCGAGCCUAGCUGCCUGGAAGGACGUACGUCAAAUGGUUGAGGAUGCGGUGGACGACGACGAAGUAGGCGUUGGCACUGUGCGGGAAGCUAUCGAAGAUGCAUUAGAGCAGAGCGGGCUCCUUCACGCGAAAUCAUCUACCGAAGCGCGGGGCUAUGUUGAUGCCUUGCUCAGUGCUAUCACAAGUAGCGAGUCUUCUAAACCUGCUGCGACGUCAUCGUCAGAAACACACGCAACAGAAGCCGCAGUCGUUGAUGAGGAUGCUCUACUCCUAACUGGAGAAGAACCGGUUUCCUCGAGCGGCGACGAAGAUUCCGCAGUAUCUACCUCAGAUUCUUCAGAGAGCCAGGCAGCAAAGACCGAGGAUAUAGAGACAGAUAUUGAAAGUGCACCCAGUGAAGUGUCCGAAAUUGAAUCAGAAAAAGCUGUAGAAGACAACAGCGACAAGAAGCAGAAAAUCGAAGUCGUUGUCGAAACAGCAGGUGAAACUACUAGCACACAUGUAUCAGUCACAUCCGAAAACGACCACAGUGAAGUCGAAGCUGAGCCGGAUGUUCAAGUUUCUGUCGAUCAAUCGCAGGAGCAGGAGCAAACUGAAAUAAGUACUUCCAAGACAGCUGAAGAGACGACAGAAGAGAAGGAGGACGAGGAGGAGGACGAGGAGGAAGAUGACGAUGAAGGAGAUGUGGAGGAUGAACUAGAGGCUGGGGAGGCGAAGAGAGACCCAAGUGCUGCUUCAACUAUGUCACCUUUGAAGAAUCUCAUCCUACAGAUGGCUCAGAGAAUCGACGAGAGAGCUGUUUCGGAGGUAGCUGAUAGCUCCAAGGACGAUUCGUCUAAGCUUAAAGAGUUUGAGCGAAUUCUUGGUGAGCUUAUGGCCCGUUCCAAAGACGAGCAAGCUCAAAGCCAGCCGGAUGAAACUGUCUCGACGUCAGACAAACCUCUAGGCGAAGAUAUUCAAAGCCAGAUAGACUCAUUAGAGCCAGACGUGAAAGACGCAAUUGGUAUCGUGGAUACCUCUCCUGAACCGUCUUCGGAAAAUGCCUCAGAAGAGGCCAAAGGGAAGCCAAAAUCAACUGACCAAGUCGAUGAGGGUGAUCCGAAUCUAUUUGGCAUGGUCCUGACAAUCAAGAACAAGGUCAACGGACAGUACGUAGCACGCCCAUCUGAGCAGACCCGACAUGACAACUGGGUUGUGGAGUACAACAUCGAGGAGAUCUCCGGCAAGCGGGCACAGACCAUUUACUCGCAGUGCCAGUCGCGCCGGCAAAAGAUCUUUGAGGACACGGGUGACCGCGAUACGGAGUGGUACAAAAUGUUCCGCGGCCAACUCGACACACUUACCAAAGCAGGCCGUAAGUUCAGGGCCAAAGAGAAUGCGAAAGCGAAGAGACGACCCAUCCAUGUUGUUGGAGAAGAGUCAGUGGCCUAUGAAGAUGUCUUCGGGAAACGUGAUGCGGAUGAAGAGGGUGCGAUUGACGAUAUGGAAGAGCUAGAGGACGAUUACUACGAAGGAGAGGAUGGUCCUGGACGAGAUAUGACAGAAGCAGAGCUCAUAAAAGCAGAUCGAGAAAUGAAAGCGCGACAAGAAGUUGCGAAAGACGGAAAAGGUGUGAAGGAUGAAGGGAAAGCCGUCGAAGAGAGUCAAGCCUUGAAUGAGAUGAUACCUGGGAUGAUAUUCGAGGAGGAUGACUGCUUCAGAUAUGAACAUACGAAGGAGGGAGAAAGUGAGAAUAAAGGGGAAGAAGUGGUGGUUCCGGAGGGAGAAGUGUGGUGGUUCCGGAGGGAGAAGAGGGGGUAAAGGAAGGGGAAGAGGCACCAAAGUUAACGGAGCAUAAGGACGAAGAUGCCAAGUUAGACGAGGCCCAUGUUCAGUCCGAGGAGGAAGACGACGGCUCGGAAAAGGAAAAGAAGGAAUAGGUCACGAAGGGAUAAGGGGUAAGGGGCAAAGGGCAAAGGGUCAGGGGAAGGGAAACGCUAAACCUUGUGGACGUUCUACGAUGCAACACAUCGGAUCGACAUCCAGUACUAAGCGAGGACUAGACCUUGGUGUUAUCUGAGUGACUCGCUCACUCGCUCACUGCCUUGUGGCCCGCUAAGCCCCCCCAUUAUUGUACAAAAGCAAAUCACAAAAAUCGCAGCACAUUGUUGUAACACAUGGGAAAAUGGGGAAAAUUAACGGAUCAAUCUUUAUCAAUCAACCAACCAAAUCAAUCAAUGGAACCGAUUUAGAUUCAUUAACAGCUCAGCAAAAAAGAAAAGACGAUGAAAAGCAACAGCAACAGCAAGCAAGAAAGACAAGGAAAAAAAACCCGGUUGUGUGUAAGAAGGAAAAAUUUGCUUCUUGUACUUAUCGUUGUUGUAUGUAUGUAUUGUACGAAGUCAUUGAUGUAGUAGACCUUAUGAUAUCUCACUCUCCUAUUACUUACUUCAAGGUCUUCAAGGUUGUUUUCUCGGGUUGCGGGCUCGUUACAAGGCUUAGGUAGGUAGGUAGGUAGGCACUAUCCAGUAUCACCGGAUAGGAGUAGGGUAGGGUAGGGUAGGGUAG